UCAGACACCCACGGAUCAGCUACUGCUGCUUCACAGCAUCUUUGCGAUCGCAGGGAGAGAGCGGAGCUGGGCUUCUAUCCCCAAUCCCUGUGCUCUUUCCUUGGCACCAUAGGAAACCCUUGUGUUCCUUUUGGAGACCCCUAUCUCUCUCUGCCAGGAGCAGUAGAAGGAAGAUGAAGAAAGUCAUUCCUUGUUAAAUGUUUCCUUAUUAGUUUUCUUUGUAUUUCUCACUGGUUCUAUAUUUAGCCCGGGAAUUGCUGGAUUGAAGCAGUGAGGGAAUCCCCAGCGAGCAGUGCAGCAGAGGAGAAGCCUGGAGAGAGGGGGGCACCACCAUGCUUCUGCAAACUUGAGAGUCAGCUCUUCAGCCAAGGAGCUAAGAUUGAGGAUUAUAAAAACCAAGCCAACAGGGGCCCCCAGCAGAGAUGUCAGAGCCAGCGCUGGACUUCUCUAAAGUGGAACGUUAUUUGGACAAUCACCCAGAACUGUUUGAGGACUACUUGAUCAGGAAGGGCAAGCACCAAAUGGUGGAGAGGUGGAUGAAAAGGAACCAGUUGGCGAAAACGCCUUCCAGCUCCAGUGCUGAUGACAAGAGCAAAGACUGCUGGAGCAACCGUGGGGAUGGCUUGCAGAGGAGGGCUUCUCAGAAGGAGCUGAGGAAAAGUUUUGCUAGGUCAAAGGCUAUCAAUGUCAACAGGACUUAUGAUGAACAUGUUAAUUCCAGAGCCCAGGAGCCCCUGACCAGCAUGAGAAGAAGAGCUUUGCUAAGAAAGGCCAGCUCUCUCCCUCCUACCACUGCACAUAUUCUCAGUGCUCUUCUGGAAUCCAGGGUCAACAUUCCCCAGUACCCAUCAACUGCUAUUGACUACAUAUACUACUUAAAAGAGCACAACGAGAGAGCAUUCUUUCUAGAGCUGGUGAAGGAUAUCUCCAAUGAACUCAACCUCACCAGCCUGUGCUACAAAAUUCUGAUCUUUGUAUGCAUUAUGGUAGAUGCUGAUCGCUGUUCUCUUUUCUUGGUGGAAGGGACGGCUAACAAGAAGAGUUUGGUGUCCAAGUUUUUCGACGUGCACGCAGGGACCACUCUGCUGCCUUCGUGCAGUACGGAGAACUCAAAUGAGGUUCAGGUGCCAUGGGGCAAGGGCAUUAUUGGUUAUGUAGCAGAGCAUGGAGAGACAGUCAACAUUCCCGAUGCUUACCAGGACAGGCGGUUCAGCGACGAAAUAGACAAGCUGACUGGAUACAAGACCAAGUCUCUGUUGUGCAUGCCAAUUCGCAGCAGUGAUGGGGAGAUCAUUGGCGUUGCUCAGGCGAUAAACAAAACUCCGGGGGGUGCCCCCUUCAUCGAGGAUGAUGAAAAAGUAAUGCAGAUGUAUCUGCCUUUUUGUGGCAUUGCAAUAUCUAAUGCUCAACUGUUCGCUGCUUCCAGAAAAGAAUAUGAUCGGAGCCGGGCUUUGCUGGAGGUGGUAAAUGACCUGUUUGAGGAACAGACAGAUCUGGAAAAGGUUGUUAAGAAAAUUAUGCACCGGGCCCAGAACCUUCUAAAGUGUGAACGCUGCUCUGUGCUGCUACUGGAGGAUAUUGAGUCUCCGGUUGUCAAGUUCACAAAAUCAUUUGAACUACUUUCUCCAAAAUGCAGUGCGGAUACAGAGAACAGUUUCAAGGACAGUGUGGAGAAAUCAUCUUAUUCCGACUGGUUAGUAAAUAACAGCAUAGCUGAGCUAGUUGCCUCAACGGGUCUUCCAGUGAACAUCAGCGAUGCAUAUCAGGACCCUCGCUUCGAUGUUGAAGCUGAUCAGUUUUCUGGGUUCCACAUCAGGUCAGUUUUAUGUGUCCCUAUAUGGAAUAGUAGCCAUCAAAUAAUAGGUGUAGCACAAGUUUUGAACAGAAUAGAUGGGAAGCCUUUUGAUGAUGCAGAUCAAAGAUUAUUUGAAGCUUUUGUUAUCUUUUGUGGCCUUGGUAUUAACAACACAAUAAUGUAUGAUCAAGUAAAGAAGUCGUGGGCAAAGCAAUCGGUGGCCCUAGACGUUCUGUCUUAUCAUGCAACGUGUUCAAAAGCCGAAGUUGAUAAAUUUAAGGCAGCCAACAUCCCUUUGGUGUCAGAACUUUCUAUCGCUGACAUCCAUUUUGAUGACUUCUGCCUUGAUGUCGAUGCCAUGAUUUCGGCCGCCCUGCGGAUGUUCAUGGAGCUGGGGAUGGUACAAAAGUUUAAAAUUGAUUAUGAGACCCUAUGCAGGUGGCUGCUAACAAUAAGAAAAAACUACCGAAUGGUCCUGUAUCACAACUGGCGGCAUGCCUUUAAUGUGUGCCAGCUCAUGUUUGCCAUGUUAACUACAGCCGGCUUUCAAGAAGUUCUGUCGGACACUGAGACUCUGGCUUUGAUCGUGGGCUGUCUGUGUCAUGAUCUUGAUCACCGGGGAACCAAUAAUGCCUUCCAGGCCAAGAGUGGCUCAGCUUUGUCUCAGCUCUAUGGAACAUCGGCCACAUUGGAGCACCAUCAUUUUAAUCAUGCUGUCAUGAUCCUUCAGAGCGAGGGACACAACAUUUUCGCCAAUCUGUCGUCACAGGAGUACAGCGACCUCAUGCAGCUGCUGAAGCAGUCUAUCCUGGCCACAGACAUCACCCUUCAUUUUGAAAGAAGAAAUGAGUUUUUUGAACUGGUCAAUAAAGGAGACUACAACUGGAAUGUUAAAUCUCACAGGGUUAUAUUCCGAUCAAUGUUAAUGACAGCAUGUGACCUUGGAGCUGCAACCAAACCAUGGGAGAUUUCCAGACAGGUGGCUGAGUUGGUAACCAGCGAGUUCUUCGAACAAGGAGAUCGUGAACGAUUAGAACUCAAAAUGACACCUUCAGCCAUUUUUGAUCGUAAUAGGAAAGAUGAGCUUCCUCGAUUACAACUUGAAUGGAUUGACAACAUUUGUUUUCCUCUGUAUGAGUCGCUAGUCAAGAUCAAUGGAAAGCUUAAGCCUAUGUUGGACUCUGUGACUACAAACAGGGGGAAGUGGGAAGAACUGCACCGAAAACAAGGAAACUCUUCCUCCACCUCUUACCCCACUCCGGCUUCCUCCCCACAGCCAGCUAUAGAGUGUCUCUUAAAGACUUAAGCUUGCAAGCCAGCUGCUGCCAUGUGUAAGAAAUUACCUUAAAAGGCUGUCAUAAGCUUAGCUGUUUAAUUAAGUUACUGCAGCCAUGCUUUUAUAGAUGGAGAAUAAUUCCAUUGGUCAUGAUUUGGCUUUUGCCUGGAAAUUCAGUCAACUAAAGCUAAAGGAAGAUGGAACUGUGGUAACAAUGAGGCUGUAAAGAGGAGUUAUGAAGUAGGCUUGGUGUCCAAGAGCGCCUGCUUCACCUGUUGAUGCUUAGCAACGCUCUACUUGUUGCCGGGCAAAGGAUGAAAUGCUGUCUUGAAGCUGAUAUUAAUGGACUACUGACUCUGCCCAGUUCACACAACACAGUUAUUCCAAUGCACAAUGUAUUCAUUACCUUCAAUGGAAUUGCUCAGACUGAAUAAUGUAUAUUUUUAUUUAGUGUUUGCUUUUUUUUUUCAUUUAAUUGUACAAAAUGUUUGCCUGCCUGAUGUGGUGUUAUUUUUAUUUCCCCCCAAAAGUGCUUGCUUUAUGUUCAAACCAGGCUUCCAGCAAAUUCAGUUCUGGCUCCACCUAAAAAAAAUGAGAAAACUGCAAUGGCAGCUCAUUUCCACUUUGCCCAAAGAGUAAAAACGAACUAUGCAGAAAAAUUCUAUGACUUGCGAUAACAAGCAUACGUUUUUUUUUCUACUGCUGUUUCAAUUUUUAUUUGUGCUUCUUCCAGGUUUCAGGGGUUUGGGGCGGAUCAAGAAGGGAUAUUCCUUUUAAAAUUAGACUCUCACCAUAGCACCAAUUUGAGCCCUUCUGUUUUUUGGUAUUCGUUGUAUUGGUGUAUUAAUCUUGUGUUUUCCCAAAUUGCUUCCAGAUGGAAAUGAUUGCGGAUGUGACUGUUACAUGUCAACAGUGGAUAAAUACUGAAGGGUCAGAGCAGCAUCAGACUAGACUUUUACUACCUCCUUUUUUCCCUCCUAAUGGUUAUUUAUUGUAAAACUUGCUCUCUCCGACCCAAUGCAGCCAUGUUAACAAACAGGCCAAACAUCACAUUGAUGUAUAGCUAUUAAACCUUGUGUAUGUCAGGUCAACAGAGUUAAGUGUAUCCAGAUCUACAGCAGGUGACUCCAUGGCCAUUUUUCAUGAUCGUGAUUGUGAUUAUUUUAAAGGUUACCUACAAAGGUGGCUGCAAUUGCUAACGCCUGAUGAUUUAUCACAUGUAUGCAAAACAGAGGCUUCCAUCAAAAGUUUGAAAAGAAAACUAGAUUUAAAGCACAAUUAUCAUAAAACUGCACAAAACUGCAUAGAUAUCAGGUGUUUUUCACAACCAAUGAUCUUGAUGUUCUGCAGAUGCCCAACAGAUAUGGGUUACCCUAUGAAACAAGACAAAAACUGGCAAUUUCAGAUGGCGGCAUGGUGCCAACAUGAGUGUAGUCGGAUGUGGAGGAACAUAAUUAGUUAAUAUACAAACCUUAAUCAGUCUAAUAGUCUUUCCACAAUGAUAUGAAAUAUAUAUGUGAAAGGCGAAAAAAGGCAGAAUCCGGGCACAAUUUAUGGCAUAUUUCAUUUCAGGAACUAAUAGGCUUAUGUAAAAAAUAUUUACUAAAGUAUAGCAACUGAUAUCAACAGCUGUUAGCAUUUAAAUGAUAAAGAGAAAUGGUAUAUUUUAUGUUUAUGUCAUUAUUUAUUAUACUUAUUUAUUUUCCCUGACAAUAGAUCCCCCUUCCAACAAUCAGCAUGGCCAUAUGCAAGGAGUGCUCUUUAAAAGGAAAAAUCAGCUUGUGGAUAAAAACCAGGGCUGAUCUUAUAUAAUAAUCUUAUAUAAAGAAUCAGAUUUACUGCAGUAGGAGGCUUAUAGCCAUUUUAGUACAAACUGCAGAAGAUUUCUCCGUAUAUAAAUGUUUCCGCUGCACGGUUCCCCCCCGUGCAACCAACAUACUGGUUAUAGCAUUGCACUUUGCUUUUGUACUGGAUUUGUCACAAAGUCAGGCAUCAAUCAAGGCGGUGAUCACUUCAAUCUAUUUUCCCGCCUUACAGUACCUUGGCUUUUUGUGUUGAGUUAAACACCUGAUCUUUUGACUAAUAUUUUAGCUUUGAAAAUUCUAUAGAUUGGAACCCAGUACAAAGCCAUCUUAGAUACCUAGUCUGACUUGCCAUUGUAUCCGUUGGGCAGAUCAUACAUUAUUGUUAUCAGUUAGGUCACGAUAUGUCACUGUUUAAGGGGGUGAUUUAUCACUGUUUUCAUUAGAAUUUUUUCCACGAUUCGAGUUUUUUUGCACUAAAACUCCCAAUAUUCAAAUUAUGGUUCAAGAACUUGAAUAUUUGAUAUUUGUGAAGUGCAAAAAACCUAAAAACUUGAAAGCUUUUUAGCAUCUAAAAGCUUGCAAGUUUAUGUAGAAGUCAAUGGGAGCUGUCCUAGGCAAAAUCAAGCCAUAUUUUUAAUUCAAGAUUUCAAGUUUUUCAAGUUUUUUUUCAACUUUAUAAACUCACAUAUUUAAGGUGUUCAAGUUUUAUUAUUUGAACAAGUUUUCAUAUUUGGAUUUUUCAAUAAGUAAGCAAAAUAAACGAGUUUAUAAACAAAAAAAAAUUCACAAAUUGAUAAAUAAGCCCAUAAAUGUGAAUGCUGUAGGCCAGACAUGUUAGAAGUAUCAUUUGGCAAAUACCCAUUAAUUUUUCCUUUAGGGUGGGCAUGGGAGGGUCUGGCAUACUGGAAACAUUCUAAAUGUUUAACUUAUUGUCCUGCAGCCAAUGUUAAACUGUAAUACCGAUAGAUACCCCAGUUGUUUGAUAUAAAGAAAAUGUAAUUAGCCGUAAAUGGAAGACUUCCAACUAGACUUAUCUUUUAUAUAUGGUGGAACUCUGUAAAGUCGUAACAAUAGAGCAGAUAGAUCUGCAAAAUAAAAGUAUAUAAGGCUGCAUUUUAUAUGUUCUUAAAAAUAGUCACAUGGAGUCUGAACUCACCUAGGCACUCGAAACCCCCUAUUUUUAUAUAACACAAGAGUAUAGUCUAGCGGAGACGGGUAGGUAGUAUUGCCAGUAGCUUGGAUAUUUAUUUCUGCUGUUACUCCCUCAGUAACUGUGACCGGUUAUUCCUAUUAGAAAAAGCCAAAAACGUUAGAAUACUAGCCAAUAAAACCUAGCAAAUGAAAACAAAAAAGAAAAAAAAAUGCUUUCUUCACAUCUCAGGUACCCAUUCGGUUGUUGCUAUGGUUCUAACGUCUCUUUUUGUACCAUUAAUACUCUUCCCUACUUCCUGUGCACUACUUCUUUUGUACCGACACGCACUCUGUAUUUAUUAAGGUUACCAUUUUUUGGAAAUCACAAGACUUUCACUACUGCAACCAGCAGUGCCUAGUUGAUUAUGAAAUAUAUAUAUAUUUAUCGCUAUAUUGCCGGAAUGGUGAUUUCAAUUUAUUGCUUCUGCCCUUAACAAGUUAUUUCUAGAGUAUCUAGAUUUUUAAUUAUGAUAGAGGUCAUCGCAAAGCUUAUUUUUCAUGAUUAUUCAGCAUAUGGAACAUAGACAUGACUGCGCCCCAUAGAUAGUGCAUAUAGAUCAUAGAUAUAGUUGUCAGCAACAAAUCUUCCUCUUUUCUAAGUGUUGAUCCAGCCGCAAGAGGUCGGAGGUUUAUUCUAGCGAUGCACUAUUGGAUUUGAUUGCCCUCGAUACAUGCUUACGCUGCUUGAGUUAACCUUUCGUUUGAUUUCUUCUUUUUUUUUUCUUUGCCGGUUAGUUUGGUUUAUGACCCUUAAAGGUUCAGUUUAACUGUAUGUUCCAGUCUGCAUGUUGCACAUUGCAUCUUAUACUUCCGUAACAAAUAGUUGUAGCCUUUGUUUAUGAGUAUAUGAACAUGUGUACCUGUGUGUAUAUUUCUAUUCUGUAUACACAUGCACAACAUGCAUUCAUACAUAUGAAAAACCUGCACUUCUUUUUCUGUGUGACAUGAUUUCUGGGUCACAGUAUGGUCUUCAUUCCUAGGCCUGUCAUGUCAGUGUGUUUGUUUUCUUUCUGUAGGUUCGGUCAGCUGCCAUUUUUGUUAAGUUGUACUUGUUAUACUCAGUCUUGGUUUUAAUCAGCAUGUUUUUUGGAAAUAACCUAGGUAUGCCGUUUUCUUUUUCUCACAGAAAUAAAGAAGAACCAUUCUUCACCUUA